AUGCCCUCUACAACCAUCAUCACUAAUGUCCGCGUCUUCGACGGGCAGGCGCUCACGCCUCCUCAGGACACUCUCAUCUCCGGCACCACCAUUGCUGAUCCCUCGUCUCUGUCCGCACCCGACAAAACCAUCGACGGUACAGGUCUGACCCUACUUCCCGGCCUCAUCGACGCCCAUGUCCACAUCUCCGAUCACGAGGAGCUGCGCACGCUUGCCACGCACGGCGUCACCACCGCGCUUGACAUGGCUGCCUGGCCCGCGGAACGCAUCAACGCCCUCCGCAACCAGCGCGGCCUGACCGACAUCCGCACAGCGGGCGCGCCCGCGAGCACACCCAACAGCACGCACACGUGUCUGCUCCAUCUACCCGAGUGUUCACAGCUCACUGGCGCCGACAUGGCAGAGGCGUUCGUAGAAGAUAGGAUCCGGGAGGGCAGCGAUUAUAUCAAGCUUAUCGCAGACGUUCCUGGGCCCUCGCAGGAGCUGCUCGAUGCCCUCGUCGUGGCGUCGGAGAAGCGGGGCAUUCUGACAGUGGCGCAUGCUGCUGGGGUCGUGCCGUACGCGAUGGCUCAAAAGUCUGGCGCGAGGAUGCGGAGCAGAUGA